AGAUCAGGUUCACAUGUGCUCAGCUCUGUGUCUGUGAAGAGUGACCAUUCAAAGGGUAAUGUACCGAACUUCAGUGAGAAAACACCAUGUAACAAGAGUGUAAGAUCAGGCUCACAUGUAUUCAGCUUUGUGUCUAUGAAGAGUGACCAUUCAAAGGUAGAUAGACCAAACUUCAGUGAGAAAACACCAUCACCUUCCAAAAGUAACAAAGGACAUAAGUCCACAGUAAAUAUUGGUGAAGAAAUUACACGAUGGGAAGCUCUGAAAGCACAGAAGGGUUUGAAGAGUGAUGUGGAACUGGCAACUUUUCUUCUCAACAGGGUUCAGUUUGAUAAAUCAGACUCAAACUACAAGAAUUACCGCAACCGCAAGAAUUUCAGAGAAAAUCUCCUCUGCAUCUUCAAGGAGCUGGAAAAGUUUAAGAAAAUAUUAAAAGGAGAGAGAAGACAGUACUUUGUGCAGGGCUUCACAGAGGAGAUGCGUGAUAUCAAAGAAGCAGCUCUUGAUAUCACACUCUUCUUUCUGAAUGAUAUGAAGCAAUAUGAGGCUGCAGAUGAUCUACAAGAUGAGCUGGUCCUCGUUCAACAGCAACCACUAAAAUCAAACCUGAAGAAGAAAUAUCAAUCUGUAUCUGAAGGAAUUGCACAGCAUGGUGACUCCAAGCUUCUGAAGAACAUCUACACAGAUCUCUGUAUGACUCUGAGUGUUAGUAAACAAGUCAAUAUCCAAAAUGAAGUAGGACAAGUUCAGGCUGCUGAAAGACUACAUGAAUCAAAAGAGAUUCCAGUUGAAUGCAAAAAUUUGUUUGAAGCACCUGAACCAGACAAGAAGAUCAGAACUGUACUAACAAAAGGAGUUGCUGGCAUCGGAAAAUCCAUCUCUGUGCAAAAGUUCAUUCUGGAUUGGGCUGACGGUAAAGAAAAUCAGGAUAUUACUUUCAUAUUUCCUCUUCCGUUAAGAGAGAUGAACUUAAAGGAGAAAGAAACACAAAGCUUGACAAGUCUUUUACAUCAGUUUUUUUCCAGAGAUAAAAGGAGUAAACCUUGCAAGAUAUUAUAAAUUUAAAUUACUGUUCAUCCUUGAUGGUUUGGA